ACAGAGGUUCCUAGUGGACCAGGGAUACAGCUUCAAGGUCAUCACUAAAAUGGCGGGGAUGGAGGAGGAUAAUCUGAUGUUCUCCUCCAGAGAGGAGCAGUAUCAGCUGCUCCAGAAGGUUCUGGCGGCUACAGACCUCGACGCAGAGGAGGAAGUGGUCAUCGGAGAGAAUGGACGGCCAAUGUUCCAGCGGAGGCCUGGUACCAUGAGCUCCAUGUCCGGGGCUGAUGAUUCCGUCUACAUGGAGUAUCGCUCUAGAGGCAGCCGGGCCCACCUGGGUAACAACAUCCACCCGCUCUUCAAGCGCUUCAGGAAGGGCCCGUAGGUCUCUGCUCUAAUCUGCUGCACUACAUAGGGAAUAAGGCGUUACUGUGGGAUGCUGCCGGGGUGUUAUGGAAGGGAUUCCUAGACUCGGAUCAGGCGAGAGGUAACCGCUAUAGACCCUGGUAGGACGAACGUGUUCCCUGUGUGUUUCAGAGAGAACCCAGUUCUGCAUCGCCGCCAUCACCUCAGUUCUAGGGGUUUUUAGUUCUUCAGAGAGGGAUACUAAAUGUGGUCUUUUAUCUUUCUCAUGUUUCAUUCGUGUGUUUUUGUUUUUUUGUCUUGACAUUGUUUCCAUGAAAUGCAUUUGAAAUAAAAACAGGAAUCUUU